AUGCCUUCCUACAAGCUCUUCGGUAGUGCUAUUGCACUUGCCAGCUACGUGAUCGCGCAAGGUGAGAUCUCAUCUAAAGUUGUCUGCGAUGCGGAAACAAAGAUCUGUUAUUCGUCGUACUCGAACGCUGCGUCCGGAUUGACCUUUGGAGUUGCUCUCCCGAAAAACGUCACCGAUCCAUACGAUGCCAUCAUCAAAAUCACGGCUCCUAUAAACCAUACCUGGGCCGGCUUCGCAUGGGGCGGACAGAUGGUAUGGAACCCGCUCACUGUUGCCUGGCCAAAUGGAAACUCUGGAGUUGCAUCAGCGCGCUUUGCCUACUCCAUCGCCUUGCCCCAGGGCUAUGAUGGUGCCGAGCACUUCCUAAUGAAGGGGACCACGAAGAACAGCACACACUGGACGGUGAACGCUCUAUGCAAAGGCUGCACUGGUUGGCAAGACGUCGACGAAAACCGAUUCGUUCUGAAUAGCACGGGAACUACCCAGUUUGCGUGGGCUUUCGGCACCUCCGCCGUGGAAAAUCCGGCUCGGAAUGACUCUGCGUUUAACGUACAUGCCGAUGUUGGACACUGGACCCAUGAUCUUAACGCCGCUCGCAUUGACAACUUUGACCAGUUGGUGAAGAGCAAUCUGUUACUGACAACACCUACAGCUAGCGCCACCGCUAUUCCCCCUGCCAAUACCGUCACAUCCAGUGUUAGGUCGACUGGCACCACCAAUGCUGGCGCCGCCAUUCCCGCUUCGUGCUCCGGUGCUGGAAACCCCGCGUACCCGGGUACACUCGCUACUGGCUGGAAGGCGACCAAGGUCGCGGGAGGAUUGACUCUCCCUCGCAGCAUCAAAUUCGAUGACAAGGGCAACAUGUUGGUGGUACAAGCUGGCAAGGGUAUCUCAUAUCACGUUGUUGGUACCGAUGGCUGCAUCACCUCGACAAAGAUGUUGGUUUCUUUGAACAGUCUGAACCACGGCCUCACCUUGAGUGUAGAUGGAAAGACCUUGUACGCCAGUUCCAUGACCCAGGCCUUCUCGUGGCCGUAUGAUUCCGCCGCUGCAACAGUAGGCACGCGCUCCACCGUCAUCACCGGCAUGGUCAACGGCGGCUCGCACUUGACUCGUACGCUUGAGAUCGCGCCGCACGCGCCAAACCUUCUUGUCGUGUCUCACGGUUCGAACGCGAACAUCGAUACUGCCACUUCCAACCCAGCUACUGGUCGCGCCAUCAUCAAGGUCUUUGACCUCAGUAAACUCCCAAGCGGAGGAUACAACUACGUCUCGGGAGGCUACACUGCUGGCUACGGCCAACGCAACGAGGUCGGCAUGUGCUGGGAUGUGAACAACCAGUUGUGGGGUGUAGAAAACAGCGGUGACCAAUUCACCCGCAACGGCAAGGACGUACACAACAACAACCCCGGCGAGAAGAUCCACUUCAUCGGCGACGUGACCAAGCCCAACAACAACUGGUACGGCUACCCAACCUGCUUCACCGUCUGGCAGCCGAGCGACUUCACCGACAAGACGUUCAAGGUCGGCGACUGGUUCGUGCAAACGCCCAGCACGUCCAUGAACGACGACACAUGCGAGCAGAAAGCCACAAAGCCCGCCAUGACGCUGUUCCCGCACUCGGCCCCCAUCGACUGCAAGUUCAACGCCGACAACUCCAAGAUGUUCAUCACGUACCACGGGUCGUGGAACCGCUCGCCGACCACGGGCUUCAAGCUCGUCGCCGUCGACUUCAAAAAGGGCGACAAUGGCACGAUUGUCCCCACGGAACCGCUCACGAGCAACAGCGCCGCGAAGGAUAUCUUCUCCAACCCGGAUGUUACCAAGUGUGCGGGUAACGGGCCGUCGUCUAGCUCGGGCUGCUUUAGGCCUGCGGGUCUGCAGUUUGACAAGAGUGGGAGGUUGUAUAUGACGAGUGAUGUGUCGAACGGUGAGCUUUGGGUGCUUGGUCAGUCUUAG